CUUUCUCAUCCCCCCAAACCCGCUCGUGUCCUGGGGAAACCGCUUUAUUUUUCUAGGAAGGGACGACGCUUGGGCAAACAAAACCCGCCGGUCUGGGCAAUCAAUCGAUCACCGGAUGAUGUUCCGUCUUCCUUCAAAUUGAAGCCUACCGCCUCCCCUGCGUUUCGCGUUUCUCCUCACGUCCGUUUCGCCCUGUCCCGGCACGUGAAGUGGAAGCCUCACCAUCCGUGCGCUCGCAGUCACCGCCAGCUGCUCGGGUUCGCCUGGCCUGUUGGGCUCUUUGGAGUUCUCGCCCAUCAUGUUAAAACCCACCCAGUUUCUAGACACAAGACGGCGGGAUAGUUCUGAAGUCAUGGCCGAGUGGUCCCCCUCCACCCGUCAGCCUCCCCCGUCGCCCUGGACCACCACCUCGUCCACACCUGUUUCACCCGCCGUGUCUCUCUUUUCCGCCAAAGGCCACACGCGUUUCUCCAGCUCGGUUUCGUCCCUGGUUUCAUCCCCGGGACACGCUAAUUCCAUGGAGAGUUCCUCGCGGAAUCCCUUGACCGGGGUCAAGGAAGAACCCUGUGGGGCGCAACCCAGGGAUCUCGAGGACGAUUAUUUCCAACAUUUUGACCGAGAACCAUCUAUUGCGGAGGACUCGUAUUUGGAUUCUUUCGACACCGUCGAUAGUUACGACCUGACGGAUGCCGGCAUGGAUAUGGCCCAUUCGCCCAAAAAGAGACGCUCCGAUAGCAUCUCCGCCCGGGGCCUCUCCCGUAUCGGCUCCCGAAUUUCCACCAUCUCGACUCGCUGGAAGUCUAAACGUGCCUCCGAUGGCCCCGACGGUGCCGAUGUUUUCGUCACGCAGCUGCGCUCCCGCACCAACUCGGCGUCCUCGGUCAUGGCCAGCCCUAUCACAGGUUCUUUUACGCGGGUCAACUCGAUCCAAGUUCCCCCGUCGCCGGCCCGAACCAUCUUCGAGGAGGCCAUUAGUGAGGCCGGCACCCAACCGAUCGACAUCGCUAAGGCAAAUCGGCACAGCCAGGAUGAUUCGGCUCCCCAAGCCACGACCCCCCUGUUGCCGCCGUUCAUGGGCGACGAGCCCUCUUACCAAGCCACGACCCGCGUCCACUCCCCAUUGCAAUCGCCUUCGGUGGCGGACAUGACCGAUGAUGGCCUCAAUGGUUGCGGGCCCAUCUUAGAUCCACGGUUGGCGGGCCUGCCGUCCCCGCCUUUAUCCUCCAAGCCAUCUGUCGCGUCAUUCAACCGCCCACGAGCGAGUACAGUGCGCACGGUGUCGGGAGACGCGCCUCCCUUCACCCUUUCCGAUCCAAAUGACGAAUGGGCAAACAGACUUGGCCAUGCCAACUUCACCAUCCAGCCUGAGCCGUACGUGCCCGAAAUCUGUGACAUGGUGUCGUUUCAACAGCUACGUACCGACUGGGAUCUGGCCCAGUGCAAUUUUGCCCGACACCUGGUCCGGACGGGCGAACACUAUGGCGUCACCUCCACCAUCUACAAGCUGACGGAGGAGAAAUGGGGGUCAGUCAACCGUCAAUGGCGACGUCACUACGAAGCGAUGAAGUCUGAGUUGGUGCUGACUGAGGGCCCUCGCCUCCAUUUGGUUAAAUCCCACUGUGAUCCAUGUGAUCCGGUCAAGAUCCCGCGCCUGCACGACGACAAGUUUCCCGAGCUGGGCGAUGGGGAGAUCGUGGGUCCGAUGAAGAUUGCGCCGGCGACGAGCGGCUCGGGGCUGUGCCGUAGUCGCUCGUUGAAGCGCAACUUCGUCAAAUUCUUCCAGGAUCUAGUCAUACGGUCCUGAUUUCCCCCAUGGCACUGUCAUGGGGCCAUCUAAUGAUGAUAGACAGACCACGGGAGGCUUUGAUGUACAACAUCUUAUGAUUUG